AUGCCUGAAUCAGUCAAGUCCACCUCCACCUUCGAUGACGCAUCCUCCAGCUACAGCGUCUCCUCCACCGCAUCAACAUUGAAAGACCUCAAAGCCACGAGCAAGAAGUGGCUACCUAGCAAGGGAAAGAAGGAGGAGGCCAAGUCAGCUACGCCUAAGCCUGCCUCACCUAAGCCUGCCAAAGAAAAGAGCCGUGCCCCGUCCACCAACUACACGACUCUCGCGACCAGAGUUUCUUUGAUGACGACGUCGCCCCCGUCCAUCCCUCCCUCCUUCGAUCCGGCCAUCCAUCUUCAUUCCGAGGGAGACCCUCCCGAACCCCCCUCCGACACCUUCUCCGACGAACUUGAGGCAUUGAAUUUCCAACAGGAAGAAAAUACGCGCAAAGGGAUAGUUAUUCAGCACCGGUCGUGGAAUUUGUCUGAUGUCUUUCGCAGUGACGAGGAUAUAAGGCCUGAUACUCCGACACGAACGUCCAAGCGGAAGAACAUCUACUCUCCUAUCCGAACACUCACCUUGCUGCCGUCUUCUCCUCCAUCUGCUAUUAGAAUGCCGCUCAUUGCAUCCCCCGCUCCCUUCCCGUCGAGCGCUCCGUCGCCGGAGUCGCAGAAAAGAAAGAAUGAAGAGCAAUCGCAAACUGAAGAGCCCAAGCGGCAGAAGAUUAUGGGCGGAUUCUUGGAUGAGGCAGACGACGAUGAUGAUUGGGAUGCCUUUAACGACGCGCAACUAAGAAGCGAGUUUCAGGUGCAGGAGGACAUUAUUCAACAGCCGCCUGUUGAACUCCCUGAAAUCCCGAGGCCGUCUCAACUGCCAACAGAAUCGACUCCCAGGCCAGCGUCUACUGCGCCAGACCUUGACCCCACUCCCGUUCCGGAACAGAGCACAAUUACGUCACUUCCCUCACGAAGACCAUAUCGAUCAAUCCAAAUAAAGACCUGCUCGGGCAAGACGCACCAUGUUUCGUUGAAGAAACCCGCACCGCGGGUCAGCUACGAAAGACUUGUUGCUGGUCGCUCCGUGACUGCCCCUGGGAGGGCUCAGAAGAGCUACUACGGUAUUGAUAUCCACAGGCUUCUUGAUGGAGCUGCGAAUGAGCCGGAAGCCCCCCCGGCCGCCGAAUCACGACCUGCUCUGACGGUACAACCGUCUAUCGAAGCCCCGAUCCACGACCAGAAGAGCGCAAAGCUGGCUGCAGCCAUGUGGACCGAGAAAUACCGCGCACGGAAGUUUACUGAAUUGAUCGGAGACGAGCGCACGCAUCGAUCUGUUCUGCGGUGGCUGAAGGCCUGGGAACCUAUCGUCUUUCCAAACAUCGCUAGGUCGAAGGCGAAGAAGCCGUAUGGCAAAGAGGAUGAGGAACGGACACAUCGGAAGGUUCUACUGCUAUGUGGCCCGCCGGGUCUAGGCAAAACUACGUUGGCGCAUGUAUGUGCUCGACAGGCUGGCUACGAAGUGCUGGAAAUCAACGCGAGUGAUGAUCGAAGCAAGGAUGUGGUUAAGGGCAGAAUUCGGGAUUCCCUGGGUACAGAGAACGCAGGACGGCCUGUUUGUGUUGUCGUCGACGAAGUAGACGGCGUCGUCAGCGGAUCUGGAGGCGGUGGUGAGGGUGGUUUCAUGAAAGCCUUGAUCGACCUUGUCUUGCUGGACCAGAAGAAUUCGUCAGGCUCCACUGAGCAGACCAAGGGCAGGAAAAAGAAGGGCGACAACUUCCGAUUCCUGCGUCCGCUGAUCAUGGUCUGCAACGAUGUCUACCAUCCUAGUCUACGACCACUUCGCGCGGCCUCGGUUGCAGAGAUCAUCCAUGUCCGCCAAGCGCCAUUGGAGAAUGUCGUCACACGCAUGAAACGGAUCUUCACCGUCGAAGGCAUCCCAUCCGACAACGAUGGCAGCAGCGGAACGGCAGAAGGCGACAUCCGCAGUGUUCUCGUGGCAGCAGAAUGGGUGGCGCAUAAGCUAAGGAACGAAUGCCCAUCCACGCUACGGCUGACCCGAAGCUGGCUGGAACAAAAGGUCCUCAGCGCCAACAGUAGUGGCAGUGCCUUCUUCAAGGGUCUAAACCGCGGUGGUGUGCGCGAUCUCAUCGAACGAGUUUUCACCGAAGGAGCAGGCUUCACGGAUGCACCUGUUGGCGUCGACUCCUUCCGCGAUCCCUUCUCCAACUCCGAGGACAAACGACUACGCGAAAUGGUCGACGCCAGCGGCGAGCACGACCGCGCCGUGGCAGAAUGCUUUGCGUCCUACCCCCUGCAGAGCUACCAAGACGACACCUUCCUCUCCAAACCCAACGCAGCCUACGACUGGCUACACUUUCACGACACUAUGUCCUCCAAGGUCUACACCGCACAAGACUGGGAGCUGAGCGCCUAUCUCAGCCAAUCUGUCGUAGCAUUCCACCAUCUCUUCGCCACAGCCCAAGGCAAAGCCAAAGCACCAGAAAUCAACGAUGAAGAAGAGGAACAUCCAUUCUCAGGCCCCCGAGCAGACUUUGCAGCCUACGAAGCGCAGAAACAGAACCGAGCCAUCCUCACAGAAUUCCAAUCCGCAUUCUCAGCCCCCUUAUCCCGCCUCUUCCGGUCCACCGACUCUCUAGUCAUCGACCUCAUCCCGAACCUCGUCCGGAUGCUCUCCCCGGACGUGAAACCAGUCGUGGUCCGCGGCAGCGGCGAGCAACGCAGCGUAGCCAGUGUACGCAAAGAGAGUGAACGCACCCUAAUCCAAGCCGCCGUCCGCGUGAUGGCCGGUCUAGGCGUGCGAUUCGAGAAAGUACGCAUCGAGAACGCCGGAGCCCACGGAGGAUGGGCCUACCGGAUGGAACCGCCCCUCGACACCUUCAUCACAUUCUCCAAAACCAAAUCCGCCCCCACAGCCAGCGGCUCCGCCCCCGUCCGCUACGCGAUUCGCCAAGUCCUAGACCAAGAAUACCGCAAAGAGAACAUCCGCAAGCAAUCCGAACCCCUAACGACAUCCAAGAUCGGCAAGAAAGCCUCCGGCAAGUCCGCUGACGGACAGUCCAAGGACGACGGCGAUGCGAGGAAGCCCGCGCACGGGCCGAACGUGAAACGGGACUUCUUCGGCAGGGUCAUCAAGGAGCCGACGCCGCCGCCGUCAGAUGAGUCACCUGAGAUGGCGAAGCAGAAUGAGACGUUGAAGGCGGGCAGACGCGUCUGGGUGACGUAUCAUGAUGGGUUUUCGAAUGCGGUCAGGAAACCGAUUUCGAUGGGAGAGUUGCUGGCAGAGUUGUAG